AUGCAAGAAAAAUGGAGAAGAGCUCUCAUUCCGCCGCCACCGCCGCAGCAGCAGCUACUUCGCGGGCGCGGCGGGGGCGCUCCGCCGCUGCAGCCGCAGCCCCCGGUGUACAACAUCGACAAGAGCGACUUCCGCGACGUGGUCCAGAAGCUCACCGGAUCUCCGGCGCACCACCAGAUCCGCCCGCCGCAGCCCCCUCCGGCGCCGGCGCCGGCGCCGGCGUCGGCGCCUCCCUCCCGCCUCCACCGCAUCCGCCCCCCUCCCCUCGCCCACCUCUCCCCCCGCCCCCAGGCUCCGCCCCUCGCGCCCCUCGCGCCGCCGAUCGUCCCCGCCGGCGAGCCGUGGACGCGGCCCCCGCUCUCCCCGCUGCCGCCCCUCCCCGCCGUGAGCGCCGCCGCGGAGUCGCCCAUCUCGGCGUACAUGCGCCGCCUCCGCGCCGGCGGCGCCGGCGCGGGGAUCCCCGCGCUGGGGCCGUUCCCUGCGGCGCCGCCGGGUGCCCCGGCGCUCCCGCCGCCGCCGAGCUCCCCGCUAGGGUUCGGGUGCCUCUCCUCGCCGCGAACGGCGUACCAGAUGAUGAUGGCGCCGCCGGGGCUGCUGACGCCGUCGUCGCCCGGGGUGCCUAUGCCGAGCCCCAGGUUGGGAGAACCAUGAACGGGAGCUUAAAAAUGAGCUCCCCUCGUUUUCUCGAUUCAACUAACCCUCAAUAUAGAAGGUAAAGCGCUUCUCAUGUUGGCAAAUCUGUUAGGUGUUUCACUUUUAUCUGUUAUUUUGGCUUUGAAUAGAAGUUGUUGUUACAGUGUUUUACUGUAAAUAUAAACUUUUUAUAGUGACUAACCAGCAAUUUUUAUGUCACUGUGAGAGAUCUGAUGCUGGUGGUGAAGAAAGUAGUAUGCUGAUCUUGUAAAUGGAUCUGUUACAUCUGUAAGAAUCGAAAAGAAUGUUGUUUAAAUAUUAGAAAGAUGAUAUAUUAAGUUGCUUCUGACAUUUGAGAUCUUACAUUACCGAAGCAUCUUUUUUUCUAUUUUUGUCA